AUGGCGGCCGUCGUAGAGAGAGUUGAUGGAUGUGUUGGGUCGUUGGACUCGGACGCGGUGUCACUGAGACAGUCAACCCCUCCACCGGACCAGAACAACCCACUAUUAGGACUACCCAUCGUGGCCAUUGAGACUAUUCUCAAUUUUCUGUCUUACGAUGAAAUCAGCCUUCUGCGCUUGGUGUGUAAGCGCAUGGACAUGAUCUGUCAGCGUGUCCUGAAUCAGGGCUUUCUGAAGGUGGAGCGUUACCACAGUCUGUGCCAGAGGCAAGUUAAAGCCCAGCUGCCCAGGCGAGAGUCAGAGAGGAGAAACCAUUCACUGGCCCGUCAUGCUGACAUCCUUGCUGCCGUGGAGACGCGCCUCUCUCUGCUCAACAUGACCUUCAUGAAAUAUGUCGACUCCAACCUCUGCUGCUUCAUCCCUGGAAAGGUGAUAGAUGAGAUUUAUCGUGUGCUGCGCUACGUAAACUCUACUCGAGCUCCUCAGCGCGCUCAUGAGGUUCUGCAGGAGUUGCGGGAUAUCUCCUCCAUGGCUAUGGAGUAUUUUGAUGAGAAGAUUGUCCCCAUUCUUAAGAAGAAGCUUCCAGGGGCUGACCUGUCUGGCCGCCUCAUUGGCUCUGCACCAGUGGCAGGUCCAUCUACCUCUCUGACCACCAUGUCCCUGCUGGCUAAGAAUACACCGUCACGCUCUGAGAUGACCAAGGUGCAGCAGCAGGUGAAAGUCAAUGGGGCAUCCAUGACAGUACUGCGGAGGGAGAUGCAGGAAAUUCGUGUCAAGCAGCUGGAGCAGCAGAAGCAGCUCCAGGACCAGGAGCAGAAGCUGCUUGAACAGACCCAGGUGAUUGCUGAGCAGAACGCCCGCCUUGCCGAGCUAGAACACAAGCUCCGCGAACUGAUGGACAGUAGUGCCGCUGCUAUCGGAGAACCCAGGUCCAGCACAGCUGUCCCCUCCACAUCCAGUAGUGCUGCUGUGUCUUCCACUGUUGCCAGUACGUCUGGUACUGUGUUGGCAAGUGGCAGCAUGGCUGCAGCAUCUCUAGCCAGAGAGCCAGAGGGCGAGGGGGUGUCAUCACUCAAACGUACCAGAAAGAGCUCAGACCUUCCACGACAAUCCAAACGGCUGCGCAGCAAGAAAUAAGAGACUCAAUAUGUCAGUUAGUUGGAGUUUUGUUUUUGAUUUCUGGUCUGACUGGUCACACCUUAUCCCCUAUUCCGUCACUCAUCGCCUGUACUGUCUGAGAUGAGUCAGGAGUAUCCCUGUAUGUUUUGCUUUACGAGUGUUCUCUCCCUGUUCUGUACAUGGGACUUGAUAAUGAGAAGAAAAAUAUAGAAUUUCAUCAGACUUAUCCCUACAAAGCCACUUAACUAAAUCAGAAUAAACGCUGGUGGUUGGCCAGUAGACUUUUGAAGGUUAAAUUAAAAUGACUGUACGGCUUUUUAAUGUAGAUGAUUUUCUAAGAGCCUCAAACGUUUGCAAAAAAAUUUGGUUUGACAAAUCAGAAAAUCAGAUGGUCGGUGAAUUUGGUUAACAGAAGUCACCUUCUGUGGUUAAUGCAGUUUCUUUUUCCAAAAUAAAAUCUACCAAGACUUUUUUUUUUGUUUUCAGAAACAGUGGUAAUCCGAAAGCAUUCAUUUAAUUCACAGUUUCUUCUUUGUAACUUCGGCUAAGUGCAAUACAAAUCGUCUCCCCAGUGGCCUGGUUGGUCUAUCCAAAAUUGCUGCUCAGUUCAGUUCAAACUUAUCAGUCCUUGAAUGGGAAUAGAAUCUAAGGAUGAGAUCUUAAAAAGUAAUAAGACCGUCUUCAAGCACCAUUAGUCAAAUGUCAUCUGUUUCCUCCUCCUUCCCUGCUUGGCAGAGGGUGCAACAUGGAGACAGAUGUUAUUUGUAAGGGGACUUACCUUUUCACCAUGCUUCAGAAACCACUGAUGCAUAUCACUUUCCUCUGAAAUGUAGCAGUGAUAAUUGUACCCAUGGCUUCUUUAAAAGGUUUACAGCUAAAGCAGACAGGUGUACCUGAAAGUGCCUGUGGCACAUUGAACCAGCAAUAUGUUUAAUUCUCUCUUAUUGUAGGGCGCAAACGCCACACUAAACAAGUUGUCGACAUUUGCAUGGUUGCGCCAUGGAGGCAUACAGUUAAUCUCAACUACUCUGGCAUUAAAUCUAAGGUCACCAAAUAAUUGUUGCAGAAAGUUACAUUUUCUCUUCCUGUGGUCACUGAGGUGUGAAAAGCACUAUUCUUGAUGCAGAGUUUAAUGACAUGCUGUCUCUAGUGCCCAUUAGUUGUCUAUCACUUUGCUACGCAAUAUUGAAGAGGCUAAUGACUAAAAAGCCAAUGUUAAUGUUUCGCCAAACAACAACAAAAAGACACGUAAACUAGGACAAAGCAUUGUGACUUGGUGAUAACUAUACAACCUUAAUCCACAGCAAGUGCAAAAUAACAACAGUGACAGUGAGUGGUAAAACCGUUGACAACAACAUAUAACAGUACGCUAUUAUUGGGAAAAUAAAUGUAAUGUAAUGCAGUGUCAUAACAAACAAAUAAGAAUAGCCUUCUUGGCAAACUGUGGUUGUAAUUGUAAAGUUAUCUAACUAUACAUUUGUUUGGCAACACUAGGACUAUCUAAUGUCACAUUUAGUCAAGUUACCAGCUUUGCUAGCCCUAUAAACAUAGUGUACAGCUAUGUUGAUUUGUUGUUGAUUAGUUUGUUGACUGUUACAGGAGUAGUGUGUGUGCUGUCACAGAGGACAUGUUGCCAACACAAAACAGCUGGUAUAAUUUGCUCCUCCUCAUCCUAAAUGCAGUUCAGGUGGUUGGCUAUUACAGAGAAUUUGUUGCUGAGGCAAUUUGCCGGUAUAGUUCACCCCUCGUCAUCCUCCAAGUUAUCCCACCUUUCAAAACAAUGCACCAUGCCAAUUGCUAUUUUUUGGAGGACUUAACACCUACUAGUUAUAGGUGUAAAAUUUAAGUUGUAGCACUUGCCUGUAUUGGAACUGCUUUAGGUAACCCUUAAAAUUGAGUAGUGCGUAAUCUCCGUCUUUUUAAUUCCAUUCAAACAAGACAUCAUAUUUACUACAAUAACGUACAGCCCAGUACAGUUGAACAUUACAUAGAGUGCUACAUUCUGGACAGUCUUGAUUUCCAUUCAUUUCACUGCAGAAACUUGCUAGUGAUUUGCCUUGAUUUUCAAACCAUGAAAAGAACAUGUCAGCUCUUCCUUUUCAAAUUUGUCCUCUGCCAAAAUCAGUUUAUCGUAGAAAUUCACCAUGCCGUUGCUCAAUCAUGCUUCAUUUUAUACCAACAAAUCCUGGCCAAAACCAAUUAAAUUUAUUUGCAUUGUGCCAAGUCAUAACAAAAGUUGUCUCAUGACACUCUCCACAUAGAGCAGGUCUAGACCAAACUCUUUAAGGUACAGAAAGCCAGUAGAGUACAGUUCCAAUUCCCCCAUUAGCAAAAAACACUUGGCGGGGAGGGCAAGGAAAAACUUCCUUUUAACAGGUAUAAACCUCGAACAGAGUGAUAUGCAUAACAAUGACAAUAAUUAUGAUGGCAGGUAUAAUUAUAGCAAUAUGUCAAUGAAUAAUAUGAAUAGGAUAAUAAUAGCAGAAAUGUGACUAAUCAAAUAACAGUAGCAGUCAAGCAGUGCCACAGCAGUAGGUGCAAAAAUGGUCCAUGGAAACCUGCAAGACUAAAAAGCACAAGGACUCUGACAAAGAAGCCACUUAACAUGAAUGUGUACAGUUGGAGAGUUAGGAGAGGAGAGAGCUCAGUGUAUCAUGUGACGUCACCGGCAGUCGAAGCCUACCGCAGCAAAGUGAAGGGCUGGUCCCCAGAGGAGAAUUUUAAAUUCUAUUCUAGAUUACAUUGGUGAAAUAUGAUCUCUUUUCCUACUUUUUGGCACAACAUGUGCUGCAGUGCUCUGAAUCAGCUGCAGAGUCUUUAGCAACUUAUUGGGGCAACCUGGUAAUAAGGAAUUGCCAUAAUCAGCCACUGUUUUUGAGUGUGACAGCAUUAAACCAAACUACUAUUUCCAAUGAUGAAGACCUUGAGAUGUGGUUGAAAGCUCACAAAAUAAUCCUAAAUCAAGGUUCACUGACUAGCUGCUGUCAGAGCAUUCAGUUGCAUCUCGUAACCCCCAGUGGACAGAGUUUGAUCUAUUUAAAAGGAUGAACAGGAACUUUGACACUCAGGUUUUGGAGUUUCUAGAGACUGUGACACCCAAUCAUCAUGUAAAGUGUUCACAUGAUUAUGUGUCAGAUUGCUACAAUACAUAUCUGCUGAACUCAGACAGUCUGUGUUGACCCAGGAAAUAAUUGUAACAAAUGGGAAGAAAUGGAGAAAAACACUUGUAAGGUUCUUCAAUGAAAAUAGAAAAAAAAUAAUACAUUUUUAAAAAUGUAUACUGUAUGUGUAAUGAUGUCCGAAGUGGGUCCAUUCAAACAAAUUGCAAAUGUGUCACCUCAUCUCUAGUGCCAUGUAAGUUUUUGUUUUUUUCUGUUUAGGGAUAUGUCUCUGAGACUUCUGCCUCAACCCCAAAACAAGGGAAGUGAAUACAAUUUUGCCUAACUGCAUGGAUAGAUACAUCAGAGGGAAGUAAGAAAAUUUGGUGUCACAUUUUUUUUUUUGUUUUUGUUGUAAGGGAACUACCUGAAUUUGUGACUGGUUUGCAGUGGCAGUAGAAGGGUGCUGUAAAUGUUACAAGUUUGUGCUCAACAAAAAAAGCUCAGAGUAAGAUUAGUUUCCACAACUGUUGUUUAAAAAGCAUCUCAACUCCUCUGUGCAAUGGUACUCUUCCCCCCUCCUGUACAAACUCAUCUCCUGCCUUGUGAGGCUAACUGUGAGCCCAUAUUGUGGCAGCACUUUUGUUUUCUUUGUUUGAAGCUUUUCUGUUUGGUUGACCUGAACCACUUGUGGCAUGAACUUUUGGUAAAGAAACUUUGGAAAUGCAGUUCACGUCUUGAUGAACACUAGCGUGUAUUAUAACAGCACACAGAAGAUAUAAUCUAGUGGCUUAAUUUGAGACUGCGUCUCAGUUUAGAAAAUUUACUGUAAUCUUCGUGUACUUUAAAGUGUAGAUUGUGAAUUAUUUCAUGUAUGUAUACCAAGAAAACUAUCAUUUGAUUUGGCCAAGUUGGGGCCAACUGGACGGUUUUGUUGCUUACAUUACUGUUACAAAUGUACAAAAUCAAACCUAUUAAAGCUCAACCUAAGUUACCCACAUAUCUCCAUGCUUACACCCAUUACAAGGUGUAUUUUUACAGGUAACGUUCUGCAUCUUCAAUCAGUUUGUGAGUUAA